UUCACGCGUGAAGGUACCGCCAUUUAUCGCUGAAUCACCCGGAAAAAGAAAAUUAGGGUUUGUCGAUCGAGGCCGGUGAUUGAUCCGGCGGUGAAUUGGCACUUGUUAGCAUUCGAUUUCGAGGAGGAGAAGGUGAGGAAGAGGAGCUCGAUUUCGGUUCAGGGGUUCUCGGAAUCUCAGCUCAGACGGGAUGGUGGACACUCUGUUGAUAAUCCCGGCAGCCGUUCUCCGGAAUCUUGCCGACAAGCUCUAUGAGAAGCGCAAGAAUGCGGCUUUGGAACUUGAAGGGAUUGUGAAGAAUCUGGCGAUGGCGAGGGAGCAUGAGAAGAUCAAUGGGAUUAUCAACCAUUUGACAACGGAAUUCACCUAUUCGCCACAAGCAAAUCAUCGGAAGGGUGGAUUGAUCGGGCUUGCAGCAGUAACUGUUGGUUUGGCAACUGAAGCACCUCAGCAUCUUGAGCAAAUUGUACCUCCUGUACUUAAUUCCUUCAUAGAUCAAGACAGCCGAGUUCGAUAUUAUGCUUGUGAAGCACUAUAUAAUAUAGCAAAGGUUGUCAGAGGUGAUUUCAUAGUUUAUUUCAAUCAGAUAUUUGAUGCGCUUUGUAAGCUUUCAGCAGAUUCAGAUGCUAAUGUGCAGAGUGCUGCUCAUCUUUUGGACCGGCUUGUAAAGGAAAUUGUAACUGAUAGUGAUCAGUUCAGCAUAGAAGAGUUUAUACCACUCCUUAGAGAGCGAAUGAAUGUACUCAACCCUUUUGUGCGGCAAUUUUUGGUUGGUUGGAUCACCGUGUUGGACAGUGUUCCAGAGAUCGACAUGCUUGGUUUCCUUCCGGAUUUUCUUGAUGGUUUAUUUAACAUGUUAAGUGAUUCCAGCCAUGAAAUACGGCAACAGGCUGAUUCUGCACUUUCUGAAUUCCUGCAAGAAAUAAAAAACUCUCCAAAUGUAGAUUAUGGUCGAAUGGCUGAAAUUUUGGUACGAAGGGCAGCUUCUCAUGAUGAAUUUACUCGUUUGACGGCUAUAACAUGGAUAAAUGAAUUUGUGAAACUUGGUGGAAACCAGCUAGUUCCAUACUUUGCUGAUAUGUUGGGAGCUGUACUACCCUGCAUAUCUGAUAAAGAAGAAAAGAUAAAAAUGGUUGCCCGUGAAACCAAUGAAGAGCUUCGUUCUUUUCAUGCUGAUCCAGUGGAAGGAUUUGAUAUUAGAUCUAUCCUCUCUGUUGCCAGGAGAGAGUUGACAAGUGAAUGGGAAGCUACUAGAAUUGAGGCUUUGAAUUGGAUCACUAUACUUUUGGCCCAGUAUCGAGCUGAGGUUAUAUCACAUUUGAAUGACAUGUUUGGUUCUCUUUUGAUUGCACUGUCUGAUCCGUCUGAUGAGGUAGUUUUGCUUGUUAUUGAAGUACAUGCAUGCAUAGCAAGAGAUUCUUUACACUUCCAGCAACUCAUUGUUUUGCUUAUUCACAACUUCCGGUCUAACCAGUCACUUCUUGAAAAACGUGGUGCUUUGAUUGUACGCCGACUUUGCGUCCUUUUGGAUGCUGAGCGGGUUUAUCGAGAAUUUUCAACAAUAUUAGAGGGAGAACAUGAUUUGGAUUUUGCGUCUACUAUGGUUCAGGCCCUGAAUUUGAUUUUACUCACUUCACCUGAACUGGCUGACCUACGGAAUAUUCUAAAGCAAUCACUUCUAAAUGUUACUGGGAAAGAUUUAUUUGUUUCUUUAUAUGCUUCGUGGUGCCAUUCAGCAAUGGCAACCAUAAGUUUGUGUCUUCUUGCUCAGGCGUAUCAUCAUGCCAGUACUAUUAUUCAAUCUCUUGGGGAAGAAGACAUAAAUUCAAAGUUCUUGAUACAAUUGGACAAGUUAAUUCGGCUUCUGGAGAGUCCAAUCUUUGCUUACUUAAGAUUACAGCUUCAAGAUCCUGAAAGAUAUAUGUGGUUGCUGAAAUCUUUGUAUGGUCUUCUGAUGCUAUUACCUCAGCAAAGUGCAGCCUUCAAGAUAUUACGGACAAGAUUAAAAACUGCAUCAUCACAUGGUUCGAGUACGGAUCAGGCAAAGCGAUCUUCAGCCAAUGCAUAUUCCCAGAUUCUACAAGUGCCUGAAGUCAUUAAGAGUGAAGAAUUAGGGAAUAUGCAUGACGCGAUUAACUUUACAUCUAGAUUACACCAAUUUGAGCACACGCAAAAUCAGCAUCGGUUGCACACCAAAUUGCAGCGGCAGACCUACAACUCAACAUCUUCCACAAUUUUACAGCGAAUGCGAAAUUCUGGAGGAUCUCGCCAGUCUUCACCAAUUCUAGACAUGACUCGUCCUCCUUCUAUGCCUUCACAGACCAGUGGACAGUUUCAACAAUGACUUGGUUUUUUAUCUGGCAAUAUGCUGUCAAUGCCAUACUGGAUGUCUGGAUCAGGGGACUAUCAAAUUAGUUUAAGCACCACUUGCAAGGGUAGAGAUACGUGGGUGUAAAAAUGUGUUUGAUCAGCUUGAUCAUUGUCUAAGCUGAGGAUGGUGAUCUGAUUGAGAUAUCAUUGACAUUGCCUUGAGCUAUUCUUUCUCCCAGAGACCCGCUCAUGUGGUCAUGUGUAUUUUUUGUUUGUAGGCCAUGAGUCAGAGGCAGGUUGGGUGGGAAGUUAGUUUUUACGUCAAGUUUAAUGAUCACAAUAAAGCAGCCAGGAAAUGUACAAUAUUGUCUUUGCAAGUCCUAGUAUACAAGUUUUCCUGUUUCUAGUAUUUCCUCUAUGACUCUAAUUUUCAUCUAGUCUUGAUUUAUUUGCCUGAGAUAACUAACAUUGCAGAAAGCUUGGCCUCUGUCGAAGCUAUUUUCUGUUGGAUGAUUACUUUUGCUGUCAUAUGCUAACUACAUAGUCAUUGAUGACUACUCCAGGGUAUUCUGCAUGUAUUUUGUCUGGAAUGGAGAUUGUUUGAGGAGAAGACAGCAAUUCAGGCCUGGUUAUAGUCAGAUCCCUGAAGAUUCUCGUAAUGAUGAGUGCUUAUGAUAAUUUGCAGAGCAAGUGCUCCAAUUUUGUGAG